AUGGCCGUAGUAGGUAUUAAUAGUAGCAAAUCCCAGAUUAAGAAAAAAUGCGAAAUUUCUGUGGAGGCGCUACAUAGUGCAUAUUCCGUAAAAUUAUCAUGUCUAAUAAUAAACGAAAUUACGGGAAUUCAACCAACCACGGUCAUCGAUGUUAAUCGUUUGAACAUUCCAAAAAAUAUAAUCCUUGCUGAUCCAGAAUUUUACAUACCAGGUCCCAUUGAGUUGCUUAUUGGAGCAAAUCUAUUUUGGAAAUUGAUGCAGGUUGGUCAGAUACGUCUAGGAUCGGAUCAGCCAGUAUUACAGAAAACUUCCUUUGGAUGGAUAAUGUCUGGAAACAUUGCAGAAAAGUCAAAUGUGUCUCACUGCAAUUUGUCGUUGAAUUGUGAUAUUCAGAACCAACUAGGAAAAUUCUGGUUACUAGAAGAAUGCGCGACGAAACCUGCUAUAUCAGAAGAAGAAACGUUAUGCGAGCAACAUUUCGUCGAACAUACGAAACGCGAUGCGGAAACGGGUAGAUUUGUGGUUUCUAUUCCAUUUAAAACGAGUAUAGACGAAUUAGGCGAUUCGGAAGAACAAAAACUUACACUAAAUGUUGACCAUAAGAUUUGA